AUUUUCUUAUUUUUCGGUGGGGUUUGCGGAUCAAUCAGGACGCAGGAGGCGUGACGUCACCGUCGCCGCUGCCAGGCAGAGCACGGGGCAUUCGGCAUCGCUCCUCAUCCGUUAGCAGGCUAGCCGGGCUAACUCCGGCUAACAGUCAGCGAUGCACCACCAUCGUUACCGGAUUUCUAAAAUAUACAACUACUCCGAAUGACUUCGCUAGUUAACAUACUUGGAGCAUGGGGACUGUUCGCCGUUUUUUUUUAACUCGGAUCGGAAUGGUGCAACGAAGUGAGUGAGAGGCUGGAGCCACUGAUGCCAGGCGCAGGCUGUAGCUGAGAGCACUGAGGAUGAGUGGGGCUGGAGAGCACACGGACAUCCUGUCAGUGGCAGACGUGGUCAGAGACAGAUGGAAAGUGACGAGGAAGAUCGGAGGAGGCGGGUUCGGGGAGAUCUACGAGGUUUUGGAUCAGUUGAGCCAGGCCACUGUUGCCUUGAAGGUGGAGUCCGCUCAGCAGCCCAAACAGGUGCUGAAGAUGGAGGUGGCUGUGCUGAAAAAGCUCCAGGGCAAAGACCACGUGUGUCGCUUUGUGGGCUGUGGCCGAAAUGAUCGGUUCAACUACGUGGUGAUGGAGCUUCAGGGGAGGAACCUGGCAGACCUGCGGAGAACCAUGGCCCGCGGUAUCUUUUCCAUUUCCACCACUUUGAGACUCGGCAAGCAGAUAUUAGAGGCCAUCGAAAGCAUCCACUCCGUAGGCUUCCUGCACCGAGACAUUAAACCUUCUAACUUUGCGAUGGGAAGACUGGCCAGCACCUGCAGGUGCUGCUAUAUGCUGGAUUUCGGCUUGGCCCGUCAGUUUACCAACUCCAGCCAGGAAGUUCGUCCACCUCGUCCCGUGGCAGGCUUCAGAGGAACUGUCCGAUAUGCUUCAAUCAAUGCUCAUAAGAAUAAGGAGAUGGGUCGCCAUGACGACUUGUGGUCCCUCUUCUACAUGCUGGUUGAAUUCACGGUCGGUCAGCUGCCUUGGAGGAAAAUCAAAGACAAGGAACAAGUAGGGAAUCUGAAAGACACAUAUGACAAUCGACUUAUGCUCAAGCACCUUCCCACAGAGUUUAGUAACUUCCUGGACCACGUCUUGAUCUUGGACUACUUCACAAAGCCAGACUAUCAGCUCCUGAUGUCAGUGUUUGACAGCGCUAUGAAGAGCCACAACGUGCUGGAGAAUGACCCUUAUGACUGGGAGAAAUGUGAUUCGGAGGAUAUGCUGACCAUCACUGCCGCGACAACCACUGCUCAGCAGCUUACUCGCCUCACGCCGGCGUACUUAGGCAUGGCCAAUGCUUCAGUGCUGCCGGGCGAGCUGCAGAGGGAGAACACGGAGGAUGUCCUGCAAGGGGAGCGCCUCAGCGAUGCUGACAACUGCCCCCCCAUCCCCACACCGACCACCCCUGGUGCAGAUGUAUGGGAAGAGAUGGACCGCAACCGCAACCAUAAACACGUCCAGCCGAUGAUCAGGAAGGUGGUGAGUGAAGAUGAACACAGUCAGAACCAGGGGAACCAGAGCCCCAACACCGGCUCCAUGCAGAGUUCUCCUAGACGGGUGCGAUCCGAGACCAUGUUCCUGGAGCGGGCUGCGCCACUCCUCCGGAGGAUGAGGCACAGUCAGAGCUUGGCGUUUGAAAAGAGGCUGGCGCCCGAACCCAAGCCCACCAUCGAGCGCUUCCUCGAGGCCUACUUGGGCAAACAGCGCCCUGUCCUCUUUCAAGUCGGAGAGAAGUCCAUUCCCGAGAGGGCCCACGGGCAGCAGUCUCCCUGCAACGAGGAACACUCUGGCACGGCGACCCCGGACCACGAGGAGGGCGCAGCCAGCAGCGGCUUUGUGGCGGUGAACCUCAGUCCCGUUCCCCAGGAGGGGGACUCCCAGGAGUGGGUGAUGCUGGAGCUGGAGCAAGGCGGCGGCUCCGGACCCACCAAGACUGCAGGUGAGGCCCCACGCGAGGACACGCCUGGGAGACCCGCGGCCGCUGAGACGGACCACCAGUCCUCUGAGCCACAGGACGGCCAGUCCUCAGUGGUGCCCAGCAGCCCUGUCCUGUCGCAGAUGUCCGUGCCCGGCACGUGGUUACUGGGCCACAGGAGGCUGCCGGGGAUGCUGGGACAAAUGCCCUCUGUGAUUAUGGGAAGACCCCAGAUGGACCAGUCUUCUAGCGGUGCCCCGCAGUCCCCCGUGCAGGAGAGGAGCGAUGCGAUACCGCUGGAGGCACCGUCUGAUAAAUCUGAAAAACACCCGGAGGAAACCUUAAAGGAUGGAGGGAGGUUGGACUUCGCUCCAAUCCAAAGCUCGGCCAAAGCCCCCCCCGCCCAUCUGACAAACGACAGAGACCCAGAGAGUGAUUCCGGUCUUCCCGAUCGCUCCUCAGAGCCGAAUCAGCAGCCUCAAGCCGACACAGCGGGAGGCGCUCUGGAGAGCACCGUCACCGUCUCCUCCUCUCCGCCGCCGGCUCUGCUCAGGAGACGAGGCUCUCCGUCGUCCCCGAGAUUGAGUCGGAUCCCGGUGCGAGACCCAAACAACCCCCUGGACUCUCCGAGCAGGGACCUCAACAACAUGGAGCGGCGCCACCGCUGGAGCAGUCCGGCCCCCGCCUCCCCCACCCACUCCCCCUCUCCAUCUCUGUCCUGUGACAACCUGCCUUGCGCUCUGCUGAGAGACCGGCUCCUCUCGGAGCGAUGCUCCAGGUCUGACUGUGUGGGAGAAGAGCCUCUCUCUCUGUCCUCCUCGUCGGGUAGUAAAAGUAAGAUCCCCCGCCCCGUGAGCGCCACCUUUGUACCCGAGCUACUCACCAGCAGGUUUCUGCCUCGGCCGCCACCUGGGAAGCCACCCCUGCGCCCAUGUGCGGACAACAGAAGACGGCGGUUAAGGGUGCGUGCCAGCAGCACCAGCGAUGCAGACUUCCUGGCCAGUCUGACCCAGCUGAUGCAGGACCGAAGCGGGAUGCUCUUCAGCCCUCCUCCUCGCCCCCGAAGCUCCUCUUCCUCCCUGCAGCGCUCACUCAGCUCCUCCCCGUCCCGCCAUGAGCUCAGGGAGGUCGGCGCUCUGCAGGGACGCAGCCGCUCUCCGUCUAGCUUCUCCGGGUCCCCUCCUCCUCCUCCCCAGCAGGCCCACCCGCACGACAGGUCGGCAGGGCCGGCUCAGCGGGGCCACGGCUCCAGGGGAAGGGGUCUGAGCCUCGAGGGGAAAGGCUCCGGCAAAGUGAGUCGAUGACUGCGUUUGGCGCACGAGUGACUGACCACGGAACGUGGCGAGAGCGAGUUUCACAUUCAGUCGUUGAUAGCAUGUGUAAAUACGGUAUUUACUCAAGGGAAUGUACUGUAUGUAAUGUAAAGUGUAUAAAUUGUAUUUAUUUAUUCAUUCGAUGGAUGUGUUUCUCAAAAUACUUGACAAUGUGACUUGGUACCUGCAGGUGGAAACAAAAAAGGGUUGAGAAAACCCAAAGAUUGCCAACUCUUACCUCUCAUUUCACUCUUCUCUUAAAUCUCCAUAAAGGCCUGAUAUGAGACCAAAAAGAUCAUGUUUAAUACUCGAGGGAUGUAAAAUUCAUGCUCAUUGUAAAUAUGUACCAUGAGGACUAUAUUGAACACUAAUAGAAACCAUGUAGUCACAUUAAGAACACUUAAAGAGUAAAUAACACCACAAGCAGUAAACCAACAUUGGCGUUCAGGCACAGAACCCGAGCAUGGUGCCUCAUGUUGGCCUCACUCCUGUAAAAUAGCUAGAUUAUUUAUUCUAUGUGACAAUGAAUUGCUCAUUUGGCAUAUCAGUGUAGUACUGUGUUUUUUUUUUCUUUGCUAGGAAAUAUUUGUCAUGCAAAAGGCAGCCGAAUAUUAGAAUGUACAUGUAACUGCACUCAUACUGAAGUAUUGUAAAAGUGCAUGGGUAUCAUUGCGAAUCAUUUUUUUUAUGUUUGUUCCUUUGUAAAAUCCGCUAAAACGCUGUAUUUUUAUUGAACUGCUUCUGAUCGAAAGACGUCAGCAUUGAUGUGACGUUUGAUUUCGCCCAUCGGGUAAUUGGUAAAGGAAGAAAACUGACUAAAGUGGAAUCUGUUCAUGUCCGUUUCUUGUUGCAUUUUAUUUUUUAACACAUUUCAAAACGUAUUGAAAUCAGAAGAUCUAACAAGAUCUCUAAAUAUGAACUCCACGUUACGAAUAAAGGGUCAGUGCAACUAAA